AUGUUUGAAAAUAUCGACGAUGCCCUCAAACUGUUUGAUGAAAUGACACAGAGGCAACCUCUGCCAUCUGUUGUUAAAUUCAACCAAUUGUUGCAAGCUGUUACCAAAAUGAAACACUAUUCUUGUUCAGUUGAAAUAUUUAAACAAAUGAACGUCAUUCGUAUUCCUGUAGAUGUGUACACUAUUACCAUUGUGAUAAAUAGUUGUUGCCAAAUGUAUCAUACCAGAGAAGGUUUUGCAGCCCUAGGCAAUGGCCUCAAACAUGCGGUUUUACCAAAUGUCUGGACUUUCAGUACCCUAUUAAAUGGACUCAUCCUAGAAGAUAAAAUAAUCAAAGCAGAAAGGUUAUUCAAGAAACUGAUAAAAAAGGAACUUUUUGAACCUGAUACAAUCAUGUACAACACUAUGAUUAAAGGGCUUUGCAAAUUUGGCAUUAAUGAUACAGCCAUUGCUUUGCUUAAACUAAUGGAUGAAAGGGGUUGUAAACCUGAUGUGGUCACAUAUACCACCAUCAUUGAUAGUCUUUGCAAGGUCAAAAUGGUAGAUGAUGCUUUGAAGCUCUUUAAAGAAAUGGUUUUCCAUAAAUACAUCCAACCUAAUGUUGUCACUUACAACUCUUUGAUUCAUGGACUUUGUAACUUAUGUCGUUGGGAUGAGGUCUCUAAAAUGCUCCAAGAAAUGAAAGAGGAAAAGAUCUCUCCAUGUGUUGAAACAUAUAAUAUAUUAGUGGAUGCGCUUUGCAAAGAAGGAAUGGUGGAAGAUGCAAAUGGUGUGAUCAAGUUAAUGAUCCAGAGAGGGAUUGAUCUUGAUAUUGUGACAUACACUUCACUUAUUGAUGGGUAUUGUUUGCGAGGUGAAAUGAGCAAAGCUAGGGAAGUUUUUGAUUCGGUUGAAAUUCAUGGUGUGGUCCCUAAUAUUAUUACUUAUAGUAGUUUAUUGAAUGGGUAUUGUAAAAAUUUAAAGAUAGAAGAUGCCAUGCAUUUUUUUCAUGAAAUGAUUAAAAAAGAUAUGAAACCCGAUGUAAUCACUUACACCACCAUGUUACAAGGAUUGUUUCGAGUUGGACAUUGUAAAGAUGCAUAUGAUCUCUUUAAUGAGAUGCGAGCACACAACGAGAUUCCAGAUGGAUGCACUUACACAAUAGUUUUGGAGGGUCUAUGCAACAACAAUCAAGUGGAGGAAGCACUCUCUUUGUUUCAUUUGAUGGGUGACAACAAGCUAAAUUUAGAUAUCGUUGUGUACACCAUACUCAUUGAUGGUGCAAGUAAAAGUGGGAAGAUUGAUAUUGCAAGGAUUCUUUUCAAUGAGGUAAGUGUUAAAGGUUUGCAACUUGAUGUUUGGACAUAUAAUGUGAUGAUUAGUGGUUUUUGUCGGGAAGGUCUUGUGGGGGAAGCAAAAAAAUUGUUUUAUACAAUGGAAACGAAUGGUUGUCCGCCAGAUAGUGUGACUUGCAAUGCUUUUCUCCAAGGAAUUCUCAAAAACCAACAACAUGAUUUCGUAGAGAUGCUUUUAAAAGAAGUGGAAGGAAGAGGUUUCACACUUGAUGCUACAACUGUAUCACUAUUACUUGAUCAUAUCAAAGCUAGGUCUUUAGAUGCUUCUUUGCUUAAGUUGAUUGGUAAACUUGUGCCAAAGGAAGGAGUUGAUGCUCCUUGUUUUACAGUGUAG